AUGGGUGCCAAGAAGAAAGUCGCGCGAGCGAAGGCAGUCCGGGCAGUGUGCGAUGUGCAUGCAUUGCCUUGCUUGUGCGUCAUUUGCCUGGCAGCAGCUGCAGCGGAAGCCAAGAAGCUGGACUACGACAUCCAGCCGGAACCCCUGAACCUAAACGAUUCGCUGCUGGCUGCAGUCACCCAGGAUCUCAGUGACAUUAUGGCACACCAUUUGUUCUCGGACAUCCUGAACCGAGAGCCACUGGAGAUCCGUGCGGAUGCGAGUGCCAGUGAAGCCGGCUACCAGGUGACCUGUCCGUCAUGUGUCAUGUCUUUCACGUUUGCAUGCAAGUGUCUAGAGCGCUACAACUGCCUGCUGCUGACAUUGAUGCUUUAUUGA